AUGCUAAUUCUAAUUAUAUUAACUAUCGUACAUGCUUUUUAAGAAUAAAAAGUGAAUGCAAAUUUAAAACAACCUUAAUUACAUUGUUUAGACAUUAAAAUUGAUGAUAAAUUAUAUGAUAUUAAAGUGUCUUUUUUGGGAAGUGUAGGCAUCGAUAUUGCAAUGUUUUGGCAAUCUCAAUAAUAAUAAUUCAAUGAAACCAUUAAUAAUUACUAACCAAUGGAUACAGUUAAAUUAAGAUUUAGAAAUGAUGCAAGCAGACCAGAAAAUUGUUUCUUUGUCGUUGGAUAUUAAAUUUCAAGAGGAUUAAGAGAAAUCAAUGAAUUCCAAUAUAUAAUUAGUAAUUUUGUUAUUUAUUAAAUAUUAGAAUUGGAAGAAGUCUUAAUUGAUGAUUUAAAUUGGACUUAUUUAGGUCAAUAUCUCUUUGUAAUAUUAUUCCCUUUAACUAUUUUGUAAUUUAUUAAAUGAUUAGUG